UAUUUCAUUUCACCAAAAAAAAAAAAAAAAGCUUACACUUUUCGCGUUCUUCUCUCCCUCCCCUUUCUAUAAACCCCUCCUCUGUUCCUUUUCAUCUCCCACGUAACCCCUUCUUCACAUGGAAAUGAAACGUUUAUAAAAGUAAUGAUAACCCUUCCUUUCACUGUUCUCGUAAAUCCGCCAUUUUUUCCACCUUCAGUACCCUUAAAAAUAGCGGACAGUGGGGAGAGAGUUAACAGAGAGUUUCAUUAGAGUUUCUUUACAGUGUUUUUUUUUUUCAUUUGUUUCCAUUGUUGGGAAAGAAACAAAUAAAGAAAACCAGAGCUAACUUCUUGUUUUUCAUAUAUAAAUCAAGAUACCCUUUUCGUUUCAUCAUGUUUCUCUGCGUUUAAAUUGCUUUCAUGGGUGUUUUUUAGUUUUUGGGGUUUUUUUGGGUUUCUUUUAAGCUAGGUGAAGGUGAAAACGAAAAAAAGGAUGACUCGGAAUGGUGUGUUUACUGAGUCAACUUGGAAACCGACUCGCCCAACUAGACCAAGGUACCUUCCUCCCCAUUUGAGACCUCAAAAUGACAAUGCUGGCUUUCUUGACAAUGCUACCCGUACCCCUGAGUUAACUCGCUCACGUUUUAACUCUCACCAACCCGCUCGUUCCACCCGCUGUCGAGGCCGUGGCCGUGGACCACGGUUCGCCGGUCGCCGGAACCUGAACUGGGAAGAUGAAAAGUUCGACGAGCUUGAAGUUAUUGACGACGCGUUAGAAGGAACAAACGAGACUAACAACAACUUGGAAGCCUACGAGGACAUUCCGGUACAAGCGAGCGGCGACAACAUACCGCCGCCGGUGGCGACAUUUGCGGAAAUCGGUUUGGGGGAUGGUUUGAAGAAAAAUAUAAGGAGGUGCAAUUACCUGAAGCCAACGCCAAUACAACGCUACGCUAUACCCAUAGCGGUAGCCGGUCGGGACUUGAUGGCUUGUGCUCAAACAGGAUCAGGCAAAACGGCUGCCUUCUGUUUUCCCAUCAUUUCUGGGGUUUUAAAGGACCCAUCCUUGGUUUCCGGUCAUGGUGAUGGUGGUGGCGUUGGCGGAAGUGCGGCGGUGGCGUGUCCCCUUGCCCUUAUUUUAGCUCCUACCAGAGAGUUGUCUUGUCAGAUAUUCGAAGAGGCAAAGAAAUUUGCUUAUAUGACUGGUGUUAAAAUCUCUGUUGCAUAUGGAGGGACUCCUAUUUAUCAGCAGUUGAGAAGCUUAGAAAAAGGUGUUGAUAUACUGGUUGCUACACCUGGCCGGCUGGUGGAUAUGAUUGAGAGAGCAAGGGUUUCACUUGGGAUGAUAAAAUAUUUAGCUUUAGAUGAGGCAGAUAGAAUGUUGGAUAUGGGGUUUGAGCCUCAGAUUCGUAAGAUUGUUGAGCAAAUGGACAUGCCUCCACCUGGAACAAGGCAAACUAUGCUUUUCAGUGCUACAUUUCCAGAUGAUAUACAGAGACUUGCUUCCGAUUUCCUUUCGGACUAUAUAUUUUUGGCUGUUGGAAGGGUUGGUUCCAGCACUGAUUUGAUUGUCCAGAGAGUUGAAUUAGUUCAAGAAAUGGACAAAAGAAGCCAUCUUUUGGAUCUUCUUCGUUCUCAAAGGUCCAAUGCAACUCCCCAUAGCAAGCAUGCUUUAACUCUUGUUUUCGUGGAGACAAAGAGAGGCGCAAAUGAAUUGGAACGUUGGUUAUCGAGGAACGGUUUUCCAGCCAUUGCAAUGCAUGGUGACAAAGUGCAGAUGGAAAGAGAGCAAGCUCUGAGAUCUUUCAAAAGUGGUGCUACUCCAAUACUAGUUGCUACUGAUGUUGCUUCACGUGGACUUGACAUCCCUCAUGUUGCACACGUUAUUAACUUUGACAUGCCGAAAAACAUAGAUGAUUACGUGCAUCGGAUAGGUCGGACCGGCCGUGCCGGGAAAUGCGGACUGGCUACCGCGUUCUUCAGCGACAAGAACAUGCCUCUAGCAAAGUCAUUGACUGAAUUAAUGAAGGAGUCAAACCAGGAAGUUCCAUCUUGGCUAGUCCAACAUGCUGAGAAUCACUCUGCCAGCGGUUGGGUUAGACACAGUGGACCCGAUUUUGGUGGCUACGACUUCCGAAGAGGCACAGCAUCUUCAAGCAAUUACAAUGAUACUUAUGCUGUUCCUGCCAUUGAUGGUUACCAUGCUGCUGCAAGUGUCAAUGAUCAACCUUUUCUUAGCAGUGGCAACUUUUACUCCGAUCCUUCUGUCAAAACCGGUAAUGUCGAUUAUCUCUACACUGAUGCCGCCGCCGCUCCAUACGAAUAUGCGUACGGUUACGGAUCGGUUAUUGCCAGUGGCUGGGACUAGAUUUGAACAUCCCUCCAAAGUUUAUGGUUUAGAGAUUGGGGCAUAAACAUGAAUUAGAAAACUGUUUUGGUUGAUUUUCCAGGGAAAUAUGCAAUAUAUAAUCUUUACCAGAUUUUGGUUGCUUUUGGAGUUUUUGGGAUAUUAAAAAAAAAUUCAAAAUCUGUGUAUUUUGAUCUGAUAAACUUGCUGUAAUCAGAUUUUAGACCCUUAUGAAAUUUUAGCAUAUUCCAA